GAGACUUUAGACAAGUGUUGCCUGUCAUUCCUAAGGGCACAAGGCAGGAUAUUGUUCAAGCAUCUUUGAAUGCAUCACAUUUGUGGCAGUAUUGUACGGUGUUGAAGUUAACAAAAAACAUGAGACUCAAGAACUUCACAAAUGAAUUGGCCAAUCCGAGUAUUUUGAAGCUUUUUGCCGAUUGGAUACUGCAAAUCGGUGAUGGUGUUCUGGGAGAGGGCGAUGAUGGCGAAGCAGAAAUUGAUAUACCAGAAAAUUUUCAUGUUCCAGUAAUGUCUGAUCCCAUUGAAUCUAUUGUCAACACUACUUAUCCAGACUUUUUGAAGAACAUGAACAACAUCUCAUAUCUUGAAGGGAGAGCGAUCCUUGCACCGACAAUUGAUGAGGUAGACAGGAUCAAUGAUUUCAUGUUGCUACAGAACAACUCAGAGGAAAAGACCUAUUUCAGUUCUGAUUCAGCGUGUUCCUCUACCUCAGACAGUGAGCUCCUUCAAGAAAUCCAUUCUCCAGAGUUCCUUAACGGAAUAAAAUGUUCUGGUGUUCCAAGUCACGAGUUGAAGCUAAAAGUUGGUGUACCGGUGAUGCUCAUGAGGAAUAUAGAUCACUCGGCCGGUUUGUGUAAUGGUACUCGACUUUUAGUGACAAAACUUGGUGAACAUAUUAUUGAGGCACAGAUGAUGUCUGGAACUAAUGCAGGUGAGAAGUUUCUUAUUCCCAGGAUUAGUUUAACCCCAUCAGAUGUGAGGCUCCCUUUCACAUUUAUGCGUAGGCAAUUCCCCUUGAUGGUUAGCUAUGCGAUGACGAUGAACAAGAGUCAAGGACAAUCUUUAGAAAAUGUGGGUGUUUUUCUACGACGUCCUGUUUUUACACAUGGACAGUUAUAUGUUGCAGUUUCGAGGGUGACAAGUCCGUCUGGCUUGAAGUUCGUGAUAUGUGAUGACGAGGGAAAUCAGAAAAAAA